UGCCCAGGAGUUUUUCAUACGAGAGUCUGGAUCCUCAGCAGUACCUAACUUUCCUCUUCAGAGUGAUCUGCAGGGGAUACUGAGGAGCAGGAAAACCCAUCAGGCUGCAGCUGCUAUGCUUCAUUUUCGGACUUCAGCCUCCUCCUUCUGUCUCCUGCUCUUCCUCCUGGCUUCCAGCUUUGCCUCUGAUGAUGAUACUGUGGUGGUCACCAGCAGCGGUCCCAUUAAAGGCAAAAGACUCCCGGCUGGCUCUGGCUCUGUGACCGCCUACCUGGGCAUCCCCUAUGCUGAGCCCCCCAUAGGAAAACUGCGUUUCCAGAAGCCGGUUCCACAUCAGCCAUGGAGCCAGGUAUUGGAGACCACCAGCUUUGGCAACUCUUGCCCUCAGUUAAACAUCGAACAAAUGCCAUUUGCAGAGCUAUUUAGUGCUAACACACCACUUUCAGAGGACUGCCUCUUCCUCAACAUCUGGGUGCCCCACCCAUGGCCAGUCACACCAGUGCCCAUCCUCCUUUGGAUCUACGGUGGGGGUUUUACCAUUGGCACAGCCUCUUUGGAUAUGUACAAUGGGGCCUUGUUAGCAGCUACAGAGAAUGUCAUUGUGGCCUCCAUGAAUUACCGCCUGGGCGGUCUGGGUUUCCUGUACCUGCCGCCAGAUGCCCCAGGAAACGUUGGCUUGUGGGACCAACAUCUGGCUCUGAAGUGGGUGAGUGAGAACGCAGCUGUGUUUGGCGGUGAUGCGGCCCGGAUAACUCUCUUUGGCGAAAGUGCUGGAGGAGCCGCAGUUGGUUUCCACCUGCUGUCACCGGCCAGCCAACCCCUUUUUGCCCGUGCUGUGCUUCAGAGUGGAGUUCCCAAUGCUCCCUGGGGUUGGAAGAAUCCUGAAAAUGCCAUAAGAGAUUCAGUGAUAGUGAGUAGCCUCAUGGGGUGCCCUAAAGCUAACCACAGUGUUAUGGUAAGCUGCCUACAGGGGAAGGAAAUGAACAGCAAAGUGUUUGCUGCCUUGCAAGCUUUCUUCUCAUUGACAACGGAUGGGGAGUUCCUCCCAGAUGAUCCCCCAAAGCGGCUGGAGAUUGGUCUUGUUCACGGCAAACCCAUUCUCAUUGGUGUCACUGCUGAUGAAGGGUCAACUAUGGUAUUUUUUAUGUAUCCUAACAUAACAUUGAAGGAUGGAAUACUGACCCAGGAGCAGGCCCUUAAAGCAGUCAAUGGAACUUUCAAAGCAGGAGCCAAAGAAGGUAUUGACCAGGAUGUGUUACAGAAGUACACUGAAGGUAGCCAUGGGCCGGAACAAUAUCGUUUGGCCAUGACUCAUUAUAUGGGAGAUUACUACUUUGUGUGCCCACUGCUUGAGUUUGCUGAGAAGGUGGGGAAAGAUAAGAACCCAGUUUAUGUUUACUCCUUUGACCACCGCAGUCCUGGCUCUAUUUGGCCUGAAUGGGCGGGGACACCCCAUGGAGCUGAGGUACCUUACUUGUUUGGAAGCGUGGAAUUAGUGUUGCAAACAAACCGUUCGGAGGUGAAGGCCGCCGAAGCCGAAUUGAGCCGGCGAGUGAUGCGAUACUGGGCAGAAUUUGCCAGAAGCGGGAAUCCCACUGGGUCCAUGGGAGAUGAGGCACAGUGGCCUGUCUACAACGCCACAGAGCAGAAGUUCUUCCACAUUGGCACAGAUGUGGCAGCCCAGCUCAAACGGAUGUCGCCUAGCCCACGAUGCGAUUUCCUGAGCUCCUUGCACUCUAAGGCCACACAAACAGAAAAAUCUCCAGAAAGUCCUGAUUCAUCCGCUUUGGAGAAAGAUGCGAACAGUGCAACACAAACUUAGAAAGGCAGAACAGGAAAUAUCUUGCAGCAAGUGAAAAUGGAAGCUCUGAAAUGGGGAACAUCAUGCCUCAGAAACAGUUUCAACUAGGCUGGAUCCUUAACACAACUAUUCACAACGCAGCUGUUCAUUGGGACAAAACUGACUGAAG